AGGUAUUUUCACCGCUCCGGUCAGAGGAUACUACUACUUCAGCUUCUCUGGCCAUAAUGUUUCAAAUAGACCAAUGGGGCUGCGACUGAUGAAGAAUGGAGUGCAGAUUGUGACUGUGUACAACCAUGUAGCUGGAAAUCGCCCUGAGACAGCAACCAAUGGCAUGGUUGUUUACCUUAAUGUGGGUGACCACGUGUACAUGAGACUCAGACCAAACACCUGGAUUUAUGAUAAUGAAAAUAACCACAGCACCUUCGUUGGCUUUUUGUUAUCUGCUCAUUAAGUGGAUCAAAGAUCAAAUUAGCAAAAAAAACA